AUUGUUUGGGCUACAGAUUAGCCUAGUGCUGUCAUUCGCUCUUCGUACAGAACUGUUUAAUUGUGGAAUCGAACAUUAGUUACAUUAAGGAAAAGUUAGGUUAAACUAGUAGUCAUCGCUACUGUAUGACUGAUUAGGUGGAUAGAUCGCCACAGAAGAAUGUCUGAUCAGAGGAGUGGAUAUCAGCAGUUGACUAAUGAGGAGGAGUCCGCAGAGGGGUUUCAACAAACAGCUGAUGCACCUCCACCAUACAGCAGCCUUGGAGCGAGCAACGCAGCUUUCUUCGAGUACAAGGAGGAUGAGGUUUACCCCAAACCACCCUCAUACAAUGUUGCCACGUCCCUUCCGUCCUACGACGAGGCUGAGAGGAGCAAAGCAGAGGCCACUGUUCCUCUAGUCACUGACAGGGAUGAGGUAUUCAUUGCCAGGGACAGCUUUGAAGACACGGAUCAGCUGCGGGUUGGAAAUGAUGGGAUUUUCAUGCUGACGUUUUUCAUGGCGUUCCUCUUUAACUGGAUUGGCUUCUUCCUGUCCUUCUGUCUGACCACGUCUGCUGCCGGACGUUAUGGGGCCAUCUCUGGGUUUGGACUUUCCCUGGUCAAAUGGGUCCUGAUUGUGAGGUUUUCCACCUACUUCCCUGGAUAUUUUGAUGGCCAGUACUGGCUGUGGUGGGUUUUCCUUGUUGUGGGAUUCCUGCUGUUCUUCCGGGGAUUCGUUAAUUACUCAAGAGUUCGCAACAUGGCUGACCACUCCAUGUCCACCCUUCCUCGCACCAGAGUUCUUUUUAUCUAUUAGGUAAAUCACAAGACAUUUAGUUGGUUUUAUGUGCGCACCAUUGCAUUAGGAGCUCAAUUAAUUAAAAGACAAUCCAUCAGUGAUCUAAAUUGUUCUGAGAAUGACAUGAUUAAAUGAGGAUGAAGUAUUUCCUUUUUUUAUUUUGUGAAUAGAUUACAGAUCUCAGGAUAAUUGCAAAAUGAACAAAACAAGAGCCGCCUACAGCUUUUUUCAGUCUUCAAGACAAAGAAGAGAACAUCUGCUUCUGACGCCUUUGCAUUUUAUUUAUUAUUUUGUUUUUGAAGGAUUGGAGUUCCUCCAGCCCUUUUGUCAGUGCUCGAUUCAUACAGUCAGCAUCCAUUAUGCAGUAAGAACUUGCGUUCGCAAUUUAAGUUCCAAUUAGCGGCGAUGCCAUCAGAGAAUCUGUUUUCAUCCAAAUUGUCAGUCACGGUUUGUUUCUCUUAAUUUGUGGGAAAGUUGUAAUUUUACUUUGUGAGUAAAUCUAGUAACUGAACUUUCUUUUGUCAAUUAGAAAAAGAGUAUGUAUAUACAGUACACAAAAAGAGUGAUAUUAAAUGUCAUGAAUGCACCUUUAACAACAACAACAACAAGAUGCACCGAACGACUGGCGGGUCCUUAAAAAGCCAAAAUCAUAUUAGCGCACAGUUUAUUGAAGAUGACGUAAACCUGUUUGGAAUUAGCUUCACAGAAAGGACCAAAAUAACCACAUUGAAUAUAAGCAAGGCUAGAUUUAGAGCAGUUCAAUAUAUACUGCAAACCGAUUGAGCAUUCAAGCACACCAGAAUAUGUAAUGCGCUUAAUCAAUGAUCUGGCGUGAAGAAUCGAAUAUAUUAUGAUGCCAAAUGUAGCGUUGAUCUUUUUAUUUUUUAUCAAAGACUUCAGUAUGAGAUAGUGCUUCACGUUGUGUUGUUUGUGAUUUGUAUGUUUUACACUUGUCAAGUAACUUUUAAUAAAUGUAACAUCUAUGGCAACAA